GCCCGUGUUGUAUAGUAAGAUCUUGGGGCAUAACGCGUUUCGCACAAGGGCCACCCCUGCUUGCGCAUAGUACUGCUUCUGUACAUGCUCAAAGCUCCUGACCCAACAGAUAUAUAUAUUACUCUGCGUUGUCUCCGCACUGAAUCAACGCUACCUGAAGCUUCACAGUAUCAAAAUCCGACAAAAUGGAUCUUAUCACCCAAUCUGGAUCAUCUUUCCUAGCCGUUGUGACCGGCACCUUGUUCUUUGCGUCCUACAUGUUUUACAAAUGGCUGCUGCCAAAGCCAAUCAAGGGAGUACCAUACAACACGGAGGCCACGAAAUCGAUCUUUGGUGACAUUCCGGACAUGUUGGAGCAUCUCAAGCACAGCAAAACGAUAACGGAUUGGAUGGAAGGACAAAACCUCAAACAUGAUUCUCCGAUCGCUCAGACCUUCUUCAACUUGUUCCAAAAACCGGUAGUCAUUAUCAACGACUUCAAAGAAUCACAAGAUAUCUUGAUCCGUCGAAGCAAGGAGUUCGACAAGCCUGAUAUGAUUAGCGAUCUGUUGUAUGGCCUGGCUCACGAGCACCACACGUUGCUAAAGUCAAGCGAUGCGAGAUUCAAGUUACAGCGCAAGUGGCUGCAAGAUCUCAUGUCGCCAGGCUUCCUCCAUGGAGUUGCCGGGCCUCAUCUACACAAGACCUUCAUGGAGCUGAUCGUCUUGUGGCAGGAAAAGAUGCGCCUGUCUGGUCCAGAGCAGCAUCCUUUUCCUGUCAAAACUGACAUCACUCACUCGGCGUUGGAGGCAAUUUGGGCAGCAAUGUUUGGCACUGGUGAAACAGCGACUAUCACGAUGAAGCAGUAUGAUAUGACGUCUGCUCUCCAGCCUGGGUCUGUUAAGAUUCUCUCCGACGGCGCUCUCGAUAUCCCGAUGGCAGAACUAGCGCCAACUUUUGAUGCUGUCAUCAAACUCACCGACAUGUUUGAGGGUGUGACAAAGUCUCCAUUCCCUCGUGUGUAUGGAAAGUAUCUAACCUAUCGGUAUCCUGGCCUGAUAAAAGUCAAGGAUGAUUUGAUUCUUGAUGAAGUCGAUCAGGCCGUGGGAAGGAUGCACAACAUCAACGGCGAUGAUGGCAAGGUAACUAAUGCCAUAGACCAUAUGGUGCACAGGGAGACACAACAGGCCAAAAGGGAUAACAGAAAACCUAUGUACCACUCCAAGGCCAUGAUUUCAGAGAUCUUCGGUCUUCUGGUUGCAGGGCACGACACAACAUCCACCACGCUGAUGUGGAGCAUGAAAUGGUUUUCCAGAUACCCUGAAGUCCAAUCCAGACUCCGCAGUGACCUCCGCAAAGCAUACUCCGCUGCCUUCACCGACGGACGCGUGCCCACUGCCAAAGAGAUCGCCACAGAACCCAUACCCUACCUUGAUGCUUUUAUGGAAGAGUCGGUGCGUUUCAGUCAGACUGCGCCCAUCAUAUCGCGGACCACUACCACAGACGCUGUGGUCCUUGGUUAUGUGAUCCCGAAGGGCACUUUGUGUGUUAUGCUGGGCAGGUCCGGCGGUAUUCUCAAACCAGCACAUAAGAUCCCCGAUACGCUGCGCUCCCCUGCCUAUCACACCGCGGGUGGCGGCAAGAUCGGCGAAUGGGAUGAGACGUCGCCGGAGGAGAUGGCCGCUUUCAACCCAGAUCGCUGGUUGAAAACUGACGCAAAUGGCAGCCAAAUCUUCGACGCGACACUUGGUCCGCACUUGGGCUUUGGUGCGGGCCCACGCAGCUGUUUUGGGCGCAAGAUGGCAUAUAUCGAACUCAGAUUGGCGAUAGUAUUGAUACUGUGGCAUUUCGAGAUGCUCAAGGUGCCCGAUCAUCUCGACACUACCGAAGCUAUUGAGCAACUCACACAUCUCCCGGUACAGUGUUAUGUCAGGCUGGCUCCAGCUCCAUGAGGAAUCGCAGGAUGAUUAGAUUGAUGAUUUAGCUGGGAUAGAAGGAAUUAAUUUACUGGUAAUUCAUGUCAAUUAUGUUGGUGCUCCUAUUGUAGUUGCACGCUUAGUCUCCAAGGUCU